GAUUAUACUGUGUUGGGAGACUUUGAUGGUUCUCAUGUUGUUUGUUGCUUAACUUUUAGAAGCGUCUUUUUUUGGGUUCCUAGCUUGGUAUGAAUUUGUUCUUUGUAUCUUGUUCCAAAAUCAAUCUUUUGGAAGGAAAAACUACGAGAAACUAAAAUGAUUAAACAAUUAUGCUAUAAAGCUGCCGAACAAUUGCAAAACCCACUUUGUUUUCUGAUUCAGCAGCGAGGGAUUCACAGCCGGAACAAGAAAGCCAUGGAACUAGUGGCAAAAGGUUGGAGUGCACUACAAGAAGUUGAUAGGGUCAUUGACUAUGCUGAUCGCAAUGACCAUCGUCUCAUCCCACUCCUUAGAGGCGCAAAGGAAAAUUUUGAGUUGGCGCUCGAAAUUGACAAUAUGAACACUCAUGCAAGAUACUGGUUGGGCAGGAUGCAUCUCAAGUAUCAUGUUCCCGGGGCUUGUAAAGCGAUUGGAGCAGCCUUAUUGGUGGAGGCUGCAAACAUGGGUGAUCCAGAUGCACAAUACGAACUUGGUUGCCGUCUCCGAGUUGAGAAUGACCAUGUUCAGUCAGAUCAACAAGCUUUCUAUUAUAUCGAAAAGGCUGUUGACCAGUUGCAUCCACGUGCUCUCUAUCUUCUAGGAGCUGUAUAUUUAGCUGGGGACUGUGUGAAGAAAGAUGUUGCUUCAGCUAUAUGGUGCUUCCACAGAGCAUCAGAGAAAGGUCAUGCUGGAGCAGCAAUUGCUUAUGGAUCACUUUUGCUGCAAGGUUAUGAAGUGCCAGAGGUUAUAACCAGGUUUAACUCUGAUAGGAGCCCAUCUACCGGUGCACUGAGGAAGAAAGGGAAGAAAGUUAGGCAUGACCCUUUGGUGCUAGCAAAGGAACAGUUUCAAAUUGCAGCUGAUGCUGGUUGUGAUCUUGGUCUGCGGUGGCUGAAAACGAUUUCUGAUGAUGAGAAGUUACAGCAGCAGACAACCCAGUGAAGUCUCUAUUCAUUCCAAUGACUCUAGCAGUCUAUACUUGUAUCCUAGUGCAGCAACCAACUGAAAAUGUUUAAAUGGGUAAUAAUUUGGUUGGGCAUUGUCUUAUCUUUUUGGUUAAUAUGUCUACCAAACUCAAAUGAUUAGAUUAUACCUCAUCCUUUUGCAUACAAUGUAGCCCCAAUGUCUGUAUUAUUUUUGUGGUAAAGACACGUAUUUGGUUUUAUAAU